AUAGAAUUCUCAUAACUCCUCACCUAAAGCCAUACAACUUCCUAUAAAACUCCUCACAAGCCAAAGCCUCCCCACCUCUCUCUCCCUCUCUCUCUUGCUGCUGAGGAGCUGUAGCAUUUCGUUUUGUUGAGCUAGGCAAUGGGAAAGAAACUAAACCAUGUGAUGUUCUUUUUUCUGAUGAUGUUUCUUCUAUUAGCAGAGAUUCAUGCUACCAUCAGUGAGUCUCCAAGUCCUCAACCACAACCAACAGGGAACUUUCCCAAGUAUGGUAUAACUCCAGGAAGCCUUCAUCCCCAAGAAUGUGGUCCACGUUGCAGCGUUCGAUGCUCAAAAACGGCAUUCAAGAAGCCAUGCAUGUUCUUCUGCCAGAAGUGUUGUGCCAAGUGCUUGUGUGUGCCUGCAGGAACUUACGGAAACAAGCAGUCCUGCCCUUGCUACAAUAACUGGAAAACUAAGAGAGGAGGACCUAAAUGUCCUUGAUCACUGUCCUUCUUUUUAACUCCUUGAUCAUAUUCAUUCAACACCUACUAUUUGUGUGUAGUUCUUAGAAUUUGUUUUUUCGUUUGUUUCAUUGGAGCUUUUACUUGGACUUUGCUGUUUAAGACUGGUCUUUUAACGUCACAAUUGGGUUCCCCAUUCACUCUAUCAUGAACUUGCUCCUUUCUUAUAAGGUGUAG